AUGUUCUUCCAUCAGAUGUUCUGGCAACAGUACAAGAUUCGAGAUAGUUCGCUAGGAACAAGGAUCCCUUGCUGGCAACUUAUGAUUAUUUUAAUCGACUACAUCAUGACAACAGCUCCAGAGUACAACAAAACCAGUUUGGUUGGUCUCCCUAUCAAUGUAAUCCUGAACUGGCCGAUGGCUACGACUGCUGGAUUUUCUGCUUUCCUCAACGACAAAGUCAACAGGUUGUUCAAAAGUAUUCUCAACUAUUGGGGAAAGUUUCUUUCCAGCUCUGCUUCAUGUCACGUGUUGACUGAUGAUCCUCGUCAUGGUUGGUUUGGUGAAGACGCAAUGCAAGCAAUGCCAAACUUCGUCCGUGAAUUCAAAUGCAGGCCUAAUGAAAAACAUUAUGGUUUUACAUCAUGGGAUGACUUCUUCACCAGAGAGUUUCGUGAUGGCAUUCGUCCAGUAGCAUCUCCAGACGACGAUUCCAUUGUUGCGAAUGCCUGUGAGUCGGCGCCAUACCAGAUCUCUACAGCCGUGAAAAAGAGGGACUUCUUCUGGGCAAAGCACCAACGGUACUCAUUGGACUUCAUCCUGAACAUGAGUGACCUUGCCAAGCAAUUUCAUGGUGGAACCGUCUACCAAGCGUACCUAAGUGCCACCAGUUAUCACCGAUGGCACAGUCCUGUGUCGGGCACCAUUUACAAGAUAGAGCUCGUGGAUGGUUCUUAUUAUUCUGCAACCCACGACAUUCAGGAUAGCCCCGCGCCGCCCAACAUAUGCAUGUCACAAGGAUACCUAGCCCAAGUAGCUGCCAGAGGUAUUAUCUACAUACAAGCUGAUAAUCCCCACAUUGGCUUGAUGUGCUUCGUAUCGCUCGGUAUGUCAGAGGUGUCCUCCAACGAAAUCACGAUUGAAGAAAAGGAUAAAGUGAAGAAAGGUGACCAGCUCGGCAUGUUUCACUAUGGUGGGUCCACCCAUCUACUGAUAUUUCGCCCUGGAGUUAAUAUUGAGUUCGAUACGAGAGGUCAAACGCCAGGUCUGCAUACCGAAAAUAUUCCUGUUAAAUCGAAAAUUGCGACCGUACAUCCAUCAACCUAGGCAAAUAUAAAUAUGGAUUUUGAUAAACAGCUUGAUUUUGACAGAGUUCGGCGUGAACAUGAUAACUUUCUUUCUUUCCUCUUAGAUGUCUUUUGACAAGAAGGAAAUUGAGUUUUUUCCAUUUUCACUUCGUCAAUUGUUAUGAACUACGAAAAUUUAGAAGUAUUUGGCAACUAGUAAAAUUAGAAAUGUUCUAGCUUAGUGUUUGUGAAUUGUUUAGGCCUGUUAGAUUAUUUUGGAAUCCUUAUGCGAGUCUCGUGAGCCUUGGUUUGUUAUGUGCUGCAAGACUACACAUUUAUUUUUAUCUUUUUAGUAGUUGGUCCUCGACCGAUGUAAUAGGCUUGUUGUACGAUAAUUGUCGUCGCUGGCCGUGUUUGGGCUUGUCUUUGCUUAGAGUCCUCAGCGGGAAAUUUUGUUCGGGGUUUUAGCCAUCGAAGUUUGGAAGUGGUUCCAGCACAUCUUUUCGUUCCACGAGCAUGUCUAAUAAUUGAUGGUGUAUUUUCAAACCGAAGCAUUUAAUCACUUAUUUUAGCUUAUUUUAGCAUUUGUGAUGGGAUUUUUAAUAAUAAUUACUCACCAAAAGUUUCUGAACUCACAUAUGGAGUGAAAGAUAUUAUCAUGCUUUACCGAAAGUGCAAUAAUAGUAAACCUUAUCCCCGAUGUGCACAUUACCACUUAGUUGGUUUCUGAUAUGUAGAAAUAAAGCACUGCAAGAAUGUUAGGGGCUUAGAUGUUUUGCUUUCAACUUUUCUUAUUUAAAAAAUCACAUUCCACACAACACAACAACUCACCUAGAGAACAAAUUCUAGUCUCGAGCGAAACUAUUUGGUCCACUUUUAGUAACACAAUUGUCAAUUGUGUGCUUAUCCAACCGUUUGAAUACUAGGCCAAAAGUAACAAGGAUUUUAAAGGCAUUCAUUCUCAAUGCAUUAAGCCUCGAUGUGCACAUUACCACUAAGUUGAUUUCUGAUAUGUAGAAAUAAAGCACUGCUUUUUCAUCUAAGCAGGGCUUAGAUGUUUUUGUUUCAACGUUUCUUGUAAAAAUAUCACAUUCCACAUAACACGACACCUCACCUAGAGAUGCCACCUGUGAUCGCAUUAGUCGAACCUAAACCACGUGCGUCGGACACAAUAAUGAAUUAUAGCAGCGAAUUCAUCACUGAAGAGGCUGUUUCUUGGCUACAGUCGCAUGGAAUGAGACUUAAGAAAGGAAAGGUAAGCAAAAGAAAUUUCUUAACAACGCAUUUUACUGCAACUUUAUAUACACAAACUUGACCGCUCCAUUGAUCUUUGUUCGUAUCUUAUCUUGCAGAAAAGGACGGUUGCGAUGGCCAAGAUCUCCUUGCCAUCGCCCAAGAUGCAGACGUACCAAGGCACUAUAUCCCUAUCAUAAAAGAGCGUCUAAAGUUCAAGAAAUUGAUUGCAAUGAACGCUGAACCUAGAGAUGACACGAGUUCUUCGUCGGUACGAUAAUUAAUUUUCCCACCAGAGAAUUUGACGCAUGAAUGGUUCGCCUCUUCUCCCGAGUCUUCACAACUAAAGUCACGUGAUCAAAUUUUGGCGCCGAGAGAUAGAGACGGUUACAGUUCGAAUACUGCAUUUGCACAAGAUGGAUUUAACUUAUUUCAAGAUUCUCUGAUUUUAGGAUCUCUCACUCUGAAUUCUUAAUCUUUUUCUUGAAAAGAUGAACUGAUAUUUUUAUGUCUAUGUCUUUGUUUGCAUCCACUUAAGCUGAUUUUUUUGGCUCUCUCUCUUUCAGCGUGCAGAAUCAAGUCCUUCGAGUAAGUCGGUUCAAACGUCGAUUGAUGAUUCAGAGAACAUUAGCGAUUAUGAAAAUUUAGAGGUGACAUUGGCACCGAAAGAAAGGGGUAAAUCGCCCAAGGAUCUCUGUUUUACGGACGAGGCGACAGAACUGAGUACUGUCUAAGUAAGUUCUUGGAUAUUAAACUUAGGGGCGACCCUAAAAGCCGGAACGGUGGAAUGGCGGAAUGGCGGAAUGGCGGAAAAUGACCCCAAAUCCUAAAGCACGGAACGGCGGGAAAUGACCCCAAAUCCUAAAGCACGGAACGGCGGAAAAUGACCCCAAAUCCUAAAGCACGGAACGGCGGAAAAUGACCCCAAAUCCUAAAGCAUGGAACGGCGGAAAAUGACCCCAAAUCCUAAAACAUGGAACGGCGGAAAAUGACCCCAAAUCCUAAAACACGGAACGGCGGGAAAUGACCCCAAAUCCUAAAACAAGGAACGGAUGUCAGGGCAUGUUGCACAAAUUUUGUACAAAGACACCAAGCGCUUGGCUCAUUUAUCCCCACGACGAUAACGCGCGUGACUAAAAUUAAGUGUUAUUAAUUUUUUUUCUUUUACUGAGUGGUAUAAAUAAUAGUGAACCAUUAUGCAUGAAAGAUAGCUGCGUUUUCGCGUUGUAACCCUGUUUAGUUACCUUUUGUUAUGCAAAAUUUGCCAUGAGUUUUAGUCGCGGCAUAAAAAGUCGCACAGCAUGUGAAAACCAACUCGACAUACCACAUUACAAUAAACAAUUAUAACUUUGAUACGUUUCCUGGUCACGUCUGUAUUGAUUUAUUGAAACAAUAAUAUCUCAUAUGCUUGUAAAUGUGAGAACAUCACAGGAACGUUUUCAGGCUUCUCAAAAUAGGACAACGUUCAGCCCCAGCUCCAAACUUAGACUAGCGUGAGAGCAAGCCCUCGUUACGAGCCCUUCAAUACGAGCGUUUUUUCAUCCACGAAUAAGUUUUGGGACUUGAGUAACACUAGUUGAAGAGAGGUUUGCAGGGUGUCACGCGCGUGGGAAUUUCUCAUGGCGUGAAAAGACAAAGAAAGUUAGCAGAAGGAAGCCGUCAAGAAGAAUUUGAAGAAUUUCUUCGCGACCAGCUGUCCAAAACACCACCAUCCUAUUGUGAAAUUUACGGCUUACAUAUCAGCGGAAGAAAUAAACUUUCUAAACAAAAAAGGGGCUAUUUCACUAAUUCUUCUAAUUUGCAUGGUGAGAAUAGAUCCUGUCACUAGAACCCCGCUGACUCGAACCCGGCGAACUCGAAACCCCCGCUUACCCGAACAAGACCCAAUUUCCCUUGGAUUUGACCCCAUUUUUUCCAGUCAUUUGCUAGCAGCAACUCCUAAAAGACGGCAUGGCGGAAAAUUACCCCAAAGCCUAAAAGACGGAAUUAUAGGCAAGGCCAAAGGAUCAAGAGAGCUAAAUAAAAAUCAAGUGUACCCAAGCUAAUUUCCCCUUAGGAGGAUAACUUCCGCGGAUAUUAAGUCAAUACCGGAAAAAAAUAUCUUUGCUCGUAAUAAUGUUUAAUAUCAUGCUGUGGAUGUCCAUUAACUAAUUUAUCAACCUCUCUUUUUUGAGUAAAAUUGACAUUAGGCCUGUCAGGGUUUGACUUUGUCCACAUGCAGUGAUACAAUCACAAACCUUGACUUACUUCUUGUUAACGCAAUCUUAACUAAAACUCCGACAUUAUCAGAUCUGAGGUCAUUUUCCCCCGUUCCGUGUUUAGGAUUUGGGGUCAUUUUCCGCCGUUCCAUGUUUUAGGAUUUGGGGUCAUUUUCCGCCGUUCCGGAUUUGGGGUCAUUUUCCGCCGUUCCGUGCUUUAGGAUUUGGGGUCAUUUUCCGCCGUUCCGUGCUUUAGGAUUUGGGGUCAUUUUCCGCCGUUCCGUGCUUUAGGAUUUGGGGUCACUUUCCGCCAUUCCGCCAUUCCACCAUUCCACCAUUCCACCGUUCCGGCUUUUAGGGUCGCCCUAAACUUAGCAGGAUGGUGAAGAGUACAUUAUCGAUUACUUUCUUUCGACUAUAUCCCAAAGGAAAACACACAAGGUGCCAGUUGGUCACUUAAAGAUGAGAAAUCUCGGGGAUUGCACCCACAAAAAAGGCGAGAUUUGCUUUAUUUUUAUUGAAAUAUAUUAGAUAUGUAUUUACUUGCACCAUGCAUAAAACAAAGUAAACCCAAUGUUUAAACCUGGUAAAUUAAAAAAUUAGUGAAUGGAUAGGAUGUUAUCAGACAGUUUAAUUUUUUUGAGAACAAAUAUUUACCUACAGGUUCCUCCUGGAUGGCUUUCAAAAUUCCAACUACCAUCGAGGGUAAGAAACUUUUCUUUUCUUUGUUUUGUUUCUUAAGUCUACAAGCAAUCCUUAUUUAUUCAUGAAUACUGAACUAAAACUGAAGUGCAUAGAGCUAUGACUUCUUUUCUUGAUAAGUACAUAUACAGCUUAGUGAAAAUACACCAUCAAUGAUCACCAUUAUUGUGUUUUUACUUCUUAUGCACAGUUUGGUUACAAACAUUUUGCAACUUUGUAGUUGCAAAAAUUUACUGUUCUCCAACAACAAAUUAAUUCGCUCAUUUGUUUGUUUUUUUGUACAGUUCUCUGCCUCAGUAGAGUUGGAUAUCCAGAAGGGAUAUCUCAUCAGCAACCUAAAGUACUCUGAGCAGCAGUGGAUUGCAAAAAAAAAUUAUUGCAGAGUAUCCUUGUAUGGCAAGCAGGAUACUAGACUAAGUUGACUUGGAAACUGAAUGGAUUGGUUUGGUUUAAAAAUCUAUUGCUUCGCCUCUUCUGCUUUGCAGUGAAGAGAGACAAUUUUGUGGUGCUGAAUCUCUUGCCUUAAACUAAAAAGUUGCAAAAUAAUCACUCUCACCUUUUAAGUUCAUGACCUUUGUUCUUGUGUAUGUUUGUCAUCACAUAUGCAUUUAAUGAGGUUGUGACCAUUUUGGAGGUACAAGUCCAAAAAACUGCUACUUUGGUACUAAGACGAACAGCUAAAAUUUCUCAGCCCAUUUGCCAAUGAAGUCCAGAUACAAACGUUCAAGUACUUUGGGGUUGUAUUAAUUUUGUCUUUUUUUGUUUAGUUUUUUUGAUUUUGCAAUCUUUUAAAUAAUUCCUGUUGUCAAACCAUUAGAUAAAUAUUGCACAUAGAAUAGCUGAUUCUUUUCAGAUAUUUUGGGAGUCGUACAUUAGUUUUUCAAGUCUUGAAGGGGAGAAAAAUUACACACAUUGAGCUAAACUACCACUUCCAUUUCUGGUGUUUUAGCUUAUGGUUUUUAGAAAAACAUUAUAUAUAUAUAAAUGUGGGGGUAGAGUCUACCUUGGCUUAAAGUGCUCAAUGAUGUGGUAGCAGAGCUAAGUAUACAUAAGUUAAAGAAUUAAAGAAGAUGCAUCGAUUCUCUGUGACUCUGAAUUUCGUGUCUAAGCGCUUGUCCGACAGAACUUUUCUGUCUGACAAGCGCCUAGGCACGAAACUCAGAGUCACAGAGAAUUGAUGCGUCCUCUUUAAUUCGUUAACUUAUGUGUAUAUAUAUAUUCUUUCUUUUUUACUGGCUACAGGCACUUUUUGCGCUUUGGCUUGAUUUUAAUGUGGUUGUAAAACUUGUUUUAUUGCAUAGAGUAGCUGAUGUUGAUUCAGCAAUCAGAGAUUAUGUCCAGCACAAAUUUUAAUUGUUGGAGAUCUUCAAUACAUCAAUCUCCUGAAUAUAGUAACAGAGGGAAGUGUAAUUUGCCACUUCUCACAAGAAAAGAUUCUUGAUGUUCUCAUUGGGUUACUUGGCUCAUUUGUAUUUUCAAUGUUUCUUACAAUUGGUCAAAGGCAAUUUUGACUUUUUUUAGAGCGAACAUUGCUUGAAAUUGGGCACAGGCAGACUCUUGUCACUGUUUCCUCUGUUUUCAAUGACUUGGCAAAUGCCUGAGGUAGUUCUUGCUGGUAGUUUACAUUUUGAUAAUAUCUAAAGUAGCAAUAUGAGUGCAUGUGUUCUCACAUCCACUGAAAGAAUACUUUUUGCUGCCCUAAGGCUCUUUGUUUUCAUAUGCACAAAUCGAACAAGAUCUAUAUUCUUGUGCAAGAACUGGAUCAUUUGUUGCCUCUGUCUUAUUUUGAUAAUUUUCUGUACUUUAAAUCAGUCUUAAUUACAAGCUGUUUUACAUUACCACAUUACGACUCCAGCCCGGAUUAUUUGUGACUUACUGAAAUGGGUGACACCGCUGGAUUUUUUACCUCGAAGGCUCGGUUUAUUCCUUUGGGCAUUGCCUUCGGUGGCUGCCGAAAACGUGUCGAAUGAUUUCGGUUUUAUUCGUUUCGAAAAAGGCGAGAUAUUUUGGAAGAAGACCAAAGGAACUGCGGAAGGUACUUCAAAAGACUUGGACAAUAGUGUAAUUAAGCUACCUUGCGCGAACAGACUUGUGAUCUUGUAUCCUUUUGUUUACAUUGUCUUGAGAUGAAUGAACUCGAGAUCGAUAAACUGCAAUCAUUUGAAUGGAUUUAGUUUCUAUUCACGGUGUAUUUUUAGCCUUAAUAUGUUUUUAGGAUUAAAGAGCGUCGCAAAAGAUUAAAAAAUGAAUCUUGGACGAGUUGUUUUAAUCACUGCGAAGAGCAAAAGCGAAAAUAGUUUAUCAUUUCAAGCGCCGAUCGU